CUUUCCCUGGGGCCGGCCGUGGCGCCGCGGGCCCGGCUUCCUGCUUCUGUGCCUGACGGCCUUGCUCCGGACACCGGCGGCUCGUGCUAGCAGGCUACAAAAGGUCUUCCGUUUUCGGAGAAGAGGAGGCGCCUUCUUUGGAUCUAGGUGGGGAAGGAGGAGCUGUGACCUCUGCUCAGUCCUGGAGGGUCCAGCCUUGGCUGAAUGGCUGCAGCCCCGCUGGGCCGUCUAGUGCUGACCCACCUGCUGGUAGCCCUCUUCGGCAUGGGCUCCUGGGCUGCUGUUAACGGGAUCUGGGUGGAGCUGCCUGUGGUGGUAAAAGACCUUCCUGAGAGUUGGAGCCUUCCCUCGUACCUCUCUGUGCUUGUGGCGCUGGGGAACCUAGGUCUGCUGGUGGUGACCCUGUGGAGACGGCUGGCCCCGGGCAAGGGGGAGCGAGUCCCCAUCCAGGUGGUGCAGGCACUGAGCGUGGUGGGCACAGUCCUGCUGGCCCUGCUGUGGCACCAGGUGGCAACAGUGGCGGGGCAGUACCACUCCGUGGCCUUCCUGACGCUGGCCUUGGUGCUGGCUCUGGCCUGCUGUGCUUCUAACGUCACUUUCCUGCCCUUCCUGAGCCACCUGCCGCCUCCCUUCUUGCGGUCUUUCUUUCUGGGUCAGGGCCUCAGUGCCCUGCUGCCCUGUGUGCUGGCCCUUGUGCAGGGCGUGGGCCGCCUUGAGUGCCCUCCAGCCCCCACCAAUGGCACCCCUGGGCCUCCCCACAACUUUCCAGAGCGUUUUUCUGCCAGCACCUUCUUCUGGGCACUAACCGCCCUUCUGGUCACUUCGGCUGCUGCCUUCCAGGGACUCCUGCUGCUGUUGCCGUCACCAUCAUCCAUGCCCGCAGGGGGCCCAGGGCGUGGCCUGCGGGUGGGAGCCCCAGGAAUGGAGGAGGAGGAGGGGGAGGCGGCCUUGCCACUGCAGGAGCCUCCUGUCCAGGCGGCGGGCACCACGCCCAGCCCAGACCCUGAGGCCCCUCGGCUGCUUUCUGCCCGCAGCAUCUGUCUGCUGGGCCUGCUGGCUGUCACCAAUGCACUGACCAACGGCGUGCUGCCUGCCAUUCAGAGCUUCUCCUGCCUGCCCUACGGCCGCCUGGCCUACCACCUGGCCGUUGUGCUGGGCAGCGCCGCCAACCCCCUCGCCUGUUUCCUGGCCAUGGGCGUGCUGUGCAGGUCUCUGGCUGGGCUGGGCGGUCUCUCUCUGCUGGGUGUGCUCUUUGGGGCCUACCUGAUGGCUCUGGCAGUCUUGAGCCCCUGCCCACCCCUAGUGGGCACCACUGCAGGGAUGGUCCUUGUGGUGCUGUCGUGGGUGCUGUGUCUGGGGCUGUUCUCAUACGUGAAGGUGGCCGCCAGCUCCCUGCUGCAUGGUGGGGGCCGGCCGGCAUUGCUGGCAGCUGGUGUGGCCAUCCAGGUGGGCUCUCUGCUUGGAGCUGUCUCCAUGUUCCCACCCACCAGCAUCUACCACGUGUUCCGCAGCGGGAAGGACUGUGUGGACCUGUGUGGAUCGUAAAUCUGGCCAGGUGGGGACCUCACUCCGCCCUACCCGUCUUCAGGCUGGGGCCAUCACAGUGCCUGAUUGCCCGUGGCCCUGGAGGCUCACCGCACGCAGCACAUGCGCAUGUGCACCUGCACACUCCACAGGAGGCCCUGGCAAUUGGGCCAGGCGGGGACCACAGAGCAGGUCCAGAGUCGGGGCCCGACGGGCUGUGGCCCUGGCCCUGGGGCCUGCGUGGGAUUUGCACAGUAAAGCAUUUUUGUUCCAUGAGUCUGA